ACGACAACAGUCCAGAACCCGAGGACACAGAGACACUUCUGGAAUUUGAGCAGCUUCUUGUUGUCCCCGAACUCACAUCCGCGAAGCAACAUCCGCCCACGGCUUUCAAAGAUAGCUCCGCGAAGCAACAGCAUCAGCCCACGUCGCUGAAAGACAACACAGCAAAGCAGUACUCACCCGCAGCCUCUGAAGACAAUUCCGCGAAGCAACAGCUAUCCGCAGUCCCCGAGGAUGAAUCUAUAAAGGAACAUUCACCUGCAGCGCCCGAUGAUGAAUCCACGAAGCAAAUUUCAUCCACAGUCGCCAAAGACAACUCCGCGAAGCAGCUUCCAGCAACCGUCACCAAAGACAACUCCGCGAAGCAGCUUCCACCAACAGUCACCAAAGACAACUCCCGCACUCGGCUUCCUGACGUAAUGUUCGUUGAGGACAACUCUACAAGACCAUCUGCCCCUCACGGUCAAAGCAUAAACUACUCACAGCUAGAUGUCCUUCUGGAUGACCCCGUGUUGCACCUUCCAGACGAGAAAAGGAAAAUCGCUGAACGAAAAGCGAAACCAAAGAAAGAAGCAGAAACUUCAUCAUCAUCAUCAUCAUCAUCGUCAUCAUCAUCAUCAUCAUCAUCAUCAUCAUCAUCAUCAUCAUCAUCAUCAUCAUCAUCACUAUCGGAGACGGCCGCUGAGAUAGAACCAGAACUUUUAUUCAACCCGGGCUCGAGUCUGGACUUUGAUGGCGUCAGACAGUUGUCGGCUGCUCUGCCAGUCGUGGACCUGGACGACUUCUUCAGCGAUGGUCCACUUUGGCGGGAAAAGAGGCAGACGAGUCAGGGAGGAGAUGAUGACAUGGUCGAAGGUUGUGGUAGUAGCGAAGGUAAACAGAUGUAG